UCAAUGUCCGUUUGGCAUCUACUUCGUCCGUCAAUUUCACCAGCUCAUGGGAUGGAGCAGUUGUGGUUUUAUUUGUUCUGUGAAAUUUCCAAAUCCGAGAGAUCACUAUGAUGCUUUGAUUCUCAGAGAUCAUCCCAUCUGGACCCUAAAGACAAGAUUCUCCUAUUCAAUUCAGAAUUUACAAAUGAAGGUUAGCAAUUUACCGGUGUAUUGUGGGGUCAUUCUUCUCUACCUCCAUCAUGUUCUUUUGAUCAGCAGUUGCAUAUCUUUACAGCACCAAGACAACAAUAAUGAUGUUAAAGUGUUGAAUGUUGGGGAGGAGCUCCGACAAGAACAGUUACCAUUUCGAAUGGGUUAUCGCCUUUACCAACUUCAUGGACUCAAAGCAUCCAUGUGGUAUGAAGUAAAGAUAUCAUAUCCAGCUUCUAUACCAGCAAGCUUUUCAAUUCAACUGAAGCGAGACAAAUCAGACCUUCAGUUUAACAUGAAAAGAAGAUUGCUCAAUACCGAGAAAUUGAUUUUCAAGGCAGACAGUAAUAACAUGCACUCUGGUCAGGGUGAGGUGCAUGUUCUUGUGAUCGUUGAGCCUGCUGGGGUUGUUGCAAAGCCACAUGUACAUGAAAGACAGUUCGUCAUUUUCAAUAUUGUCUGUGAUGAGCUGUCAUUUGGGAUCCCGCGUAAAGCUUGGUGGGUUGGAAUGUUGGCAUUUCUCUGCUUGGGAGUGGCAUUAGUUAUUCCAAAUUUCCUUCCAUCAUUUCUCCUCUUUCCAAGAAUCCAAAGCCAUGAUGGACCAGGCAUUUCCAAAGGCUCCUAAAAUUUCCGUCUGAAAUAGAUAUCUUAUGUUUGGCUACAUGAGGAACCCAGGAUCAGCUCUUACCAAGGCCCAUUCAUUCGGUGAGGCAGUGGCCUUGACAACCCACCAAUAGCAUUAACAUCCGGGGGCAGUGAAGCUGGAGUACUUGAUUUUAUAUGCCCCGUAUCAACGUUUGGCUGAAACUAGAGUCCUGUGGGUUGGACCCGACCGGGAUGGUGGACCCAUAUCUCUAACGGGUGUGGACUUGGGUCCUUGGUUUUGCGUAAUUUUCAGUAAUAAUGCCCCCACACAAGAUAGACAUGGGCGGUUAUUGUUGGUUUGCUCCAAUACAUCCCAAUGUAUAUGAUGCAUCGAGACGUCAGCUAUUGAGUCCGGUAUCUUCCAAUGAUCCAAACCGUUUAUGUGAGGAGUCUUACGUUAUAUGGUGAAAAGUCAAACAAACAAAUGUUCUCAAUUGGCGUUGAUAAUUUGGUUAUUUUGCUUUGAAUAUGAACGGUCACCAAUAACCUUUGUAUAAUUAGGGGGUCGAAAUAUUCAAUCCGA